AUGGCCACAAGAGGCUUGCAAACAUGCAAAUCACGCAUCGGAGCCUCUCUGCCAACGUCGCCUACAUCCCUUGGGCUGAGAAGUGUUGCAACUCUUGCAAACUUCAAGAUUCCCGUCAUCAACAAUGAGCCCAAUAAACAUUACGAAAAGGACUCUGCCGAUCGUGAGAAGCUCGCGGCCGCGAUGCAAACCCUUCGCUCCAAAGCUCCCCUCCAAGUCCCAAUCGUAGUAGCUGGGAAAGAGACAAAGACCGCGAAGGUUUCAGAGCAGCCAUUCCCCAUGUCACACAAGCAAUCGAUUGCAUCUUGGUCCAGUGCAUCAACAUCCGAUGUCAACACUGCAAUCGAUUCUGCAUUGGCUGGAAAGAGCYCGUGGGAAAGUCUGCCAUUCUCGGACAGAGCGGCUGUCUUUCUCAAGGCAGCUGAUCUCGUGGCAGGAAAAUACAGAUACGACAUCAUGGCUGCAACAAUGCUGGGUCAGGGCAAGAAUGCGUGGCAAGCUGAGAUUGACUCUGCAGCGGAGCUCGUAGACUUCCUGCGGUUUAAUGUGCAGUAUGCACAGGACUUGUAUGACCAGCAACCCACCCAUAACAGCCCUGGAGUCUGGAACAGAGUUGAGUACAGGCCCCUUGAGGGCUUCGUGUACGCAAUUACACCUUUUAACUUCACAGCCAUUGCCGCCAAUUUGCCAUGCGCACCGGCAUUGAUGGGUAACGUGGUUGUUUGGAAGCCAUCCCCAGCGGCAAUGGCAUCGAACUGGCUCUUCUACAAUAUUCUCUUGGAGGCCGGCCUUCCUCGCGAUGUAAUCCAAUUUGUCCCAGGAGAUGCCGUGGAGGUUACUAAAGCUGUUCUGUCGCACCCAGAGUUUGCUGCUCUCCACUACACUGGAUCGACUGCCGUCUUCCGCUCAUUGUAUGGACAAAUCGGACAGGGCACUGCUGAGGGUAGAUAUAGGAGUUACCCACGAAUUGUGGGCGAGACUGGUGGCAAGAACUUCCAUCUGGUACAUCCGUCUGCUGAUGUUCACAAUACCGUUAUCAACACAGUCCGAGGCGCAUUCGAGUAUCAAGGACAGAAAUGUUCGGCAACCUCUAGAGCAUACUUCCCUGCUAGUCUCUGGGAACAAGCGAAGCCGAUGCUGGUCGAGGAGACCAAGAAGCUGAAGAUUGGCGGACCAGAGAACUUUGAGAACUUCAUCGGACCCGUGAUCCACCAGCAAUCCUUCGACAAACUCUCCAAAGCCAUCGACGACGCCAAAAACGACAAAGACCUGGAGCUCCUCGUCGGCGGUGUGCACGACGGUAKUGAAGGUUUCUUCAUCCACCCAACGAUUUACGUCACCAAGGAUCCAAGCCACAAGUACAUGAGCACGGAGUUCUUUGGUCCCAUUCUCACGAUUCACAUCUACGACGACACUAAGAACCCAACAAAGGCUUUCUCCGACAUCUGCAAGACAAUCGACACCACAUCCGAGUAUGGAUUGACUGGCGCUGUCUUUGCUCAGGACAGAAMCGCUCUGCGCUUCGCUGAGGAUGCCCUAAGGAACGCUGCCGGUAACUUCUACCUCAAUUGCAAGUCCACCGGAGCUGUUGUUGCUCAGCAGCCCUUCGGUGGUGCGAGAGCUUCGGGAACGAACGACAAGGCGGGGUCUGCAAACCUUUUGUCGAGAUUUGUGAGCAUGCGGUCGAUCAAGGAGGAGUUUGUGAGCUUGAAGGAAGUCGUAUACCCUUCCAACAUUGUAUGA